AUUUUCAUUUGUUUGUGUAACAUAUUUUUUUGACACUCUUUCUAAAAACAUACGACAUUGUUUUUUUAAAGUGCGACACUUCUUGCGACAUCAAUUUGGCAAAAGGUGUACUUCCUUCUUUUCAAAUUUAGCCAUGGUGCAAGGUUCGUUCAAGCGUCAAGUCGAGGUUGGCCGUGUUGUCCUUCUUAACGACAGCAACAAAUUGGCCGUCAUUGUCGACAUUAUCGACCACAAGCGCGCUCUCAUUGAAGGCCCUACCACUGGUGUCGUUCGCCAGUCCUACCCCUAUCAGCACUUGACCUUGACCAACUUGGUCGUCAAGGACUUGCCCCGCAGUGCUGGCCAGGCCACUCUUAAGAAGUACUUGGAAAAGAGCCAGGUUUUGGCUACCUGGGAAAAGACUGCCUGGGCCCAGAAGCUCCAGCAGCGCCAGGUCCGUGCUGGUUUGUCUGAUUUCGAUCGUUUCAAGUUGGCCAAGCUUAAGAACCAGCGCCGUUUCCUUGUCGGUUCUGCUGUUGCCCAAGCCAAGAAGCAGGUCGCUUAAUUUCAAUAAAAAUCCCUUGACGCAUUGAAAGGACCU